AUGGAGAACGCGUUCAUGUACGGGCCGCCCGCCUUGGAUGUUGACUAUUGCAAGCUUUUUAUGGACUCGCUAGAGCCAUCGAAGGAGGAUUCUGCCGCGGGGGUCACAGACCACCAAAUGUUCAUUCCCAGCCCCCAGACGAUGUUGAAUUCCAGCGCAGAUCCAUUCCAACUAACUCAGCCUGCCCCAAUUAAAGAGGAACCAGAAGAGAAUGGCUUUGGUCACUACUUUGGCCUCAACAAUGAUAUGUGGUCCGGACCAAGUGAUUCGUCGCCUAGCGACCAAUCCAUCUCGGUCGAUGUUAUGGAUAUGCUUGGAUCCAAACGCAGUAACAACUCGUCCCCUGGACAAUCCAUGAAUCCAAGCGGUGUCUUGUUUUAUCCAUCGCCUACCCAUAUUCAAGGCGUCUCGCCACCGCACCUCCAACAGUCCACGAACUACGCUGCCCCCUUACAAAUGUCUCAGACAGCCCACCAUAUCGGCAAUGGUGCUCAUCAGUUGAAUUCACCUCCUAUGGCUCAAACCUAUGGCUCACCAUUAGGGGCAAAUCACAGAUCGCCAGUUGAGCCUCACAAGCUCCCAGCGCCUACUGUCUCGAAAAAUUUUACCAAGAAUUCUGUGACAAAACGUCCAAAUGUUGUUGUUUCUGGUGUCUCUAAACCACCCGCAACUAUUGCUGGUGCGACAAGCCCCGGCCGUCAACGCAAGUCCAAGUCCACACACAACUUGAUUGAGAAGAGAUAUCGGAAUAACAUAAACGACAAGAUCAACGUUCUGCGGGACUGUGUGCCGUUCCUCAGAGAUCUUUCGAACGCUACUGAAAGCACCAACGGAGACGGUGCCCCCCAGCCUCGUCUCAAUAAAGCCACUGUCUUGACCAAGGCUGCAGAAUAUAUUCGUCAACUCCAGCAGCGAAAUAAUGCCUUGACGAAGGAAUUGAAUGCUCUCCGUGCACAACAGGGACUCGAUACUAAUCAAAUGCCGCCACUGAGAUCACCGCAAAAUGAGGCAGAGUCUUCGUUGUAUAUGGAUGAAUAUGGCCGUCCUCCCUCAGCGUCGAGCAUGUCCUCAGUUUCGAGUUCCGGAACGCACUUUUCCUCUACUACGAAAAUGGCCGCAACUUGUGUUGUCGGUGGUGCUUUGGCGAUGGGCGGAAUGCUUGGAAACGACGACCUUCGUGGUCUCGCCGCUGUCGAGCUCAAUCUGCCCUUCGCUCCCACACACACAUUGGGCUCUUUCCUGAAAGUUGCUUCGGCAAUUUCGCUACUCGGGACUGCUAUUUCACUCUCUCAGGAUAGACAGGCUGCUUCUCGGCCCAAAGCUACUAAACACUAUAGUAGCUUGCAGGAGCACCGUCAAAAUGCGUACGAGACUGCCUGCCAGAUGCUCAACACUCCUGCAGAUGCAAGUACUCUUGGCAUGAUAUGGAGACUGCUUGUGGCUAUCGUUCAAGUUAUUGUCUUUUCGCUUAUGGGUGAGAGUAUGCUAAACGCGUUCAUGGAGCUCAGUGGUAUCGAUGCCCGCCAACGACGAUCUAUGAUUAUGCAGGCAUCAGAUACCCAACUUGUUGGUGGCAGUCGAGCGGGAACGUCGAAGCUUCACCUUCUCUAUUUGCUUGUAUCGCAAAAUUUGCUUCCUGCUACCCCCCGUCGGUACAUGAUCCAGUCUAUGCAAGCCCAAGAACUCGGCCGCAAUUCUAUUUUGAGACCACUCUUUAAUGCUAUCGCUUCCAGGCUUUGGCGCAAGGCCUCGCAAAGCUCAAGCGGAGCUCGCGACUCGUCGCCUUGCCCCACCUAUUUAAAUGAGCUUGCCGCCCUUGACUACAAUGAAGUCAUGACGCCCCGCACUCGUAAAUGGCUUGGCUGGGUAUGCGAUAGUCUUAGUAUUCCCAACUCUCGGGACUACAGCUCGCUUGUAUCAGAUCAUUCGUUGACUACGGCGUUGGAUAUUCUCGCCGCUGCCAACGCAAUCCAGGGUCAGAACACCGCUCUCGAGCAGUACCUGGUUGACGACGAUAGAGCCAAGGCGCUCAAGAACCUGAGAAAGGUUGACACAAUGACGCCUCCUACCACUUGGACGAUGUUGCGAAGUGAGCUCUUGCAGGUAGUGAUCAAUGGAGCUUCUGACACCAACAAAGUCUGCAAUGUUUUGCAGGAGGCUCAGGCAAUGCUUCGCAAAUACUCGAUGUGUUCGCCUGAGACUGUGACAACAUUGCGAGCUAUUAUGCUGCUUCACCAUCACAGACAAGGAUCGCCAGAAAGCCAAGAGUAUGCUCGACAGCUUGCGACCCAAAUUUUGGUCAAAAAAGAUACCGUCGCAAGCUCAGCAGACAUUUUGUGUGUGUUCUUCAUGCUUCGUGAGCUGGCAAAGGAACCCCACACUGAAUCCGCAGCCAAUCUCUCCGACGCAGCGUUUGUCUGCCGCCAGUGGUUCGGUAAAGACGAAUGCGCAGGCGACUUUGGUCUGGGAUUGAGCGCCCGCCGUCGUCUUAUCCGCGAGUCUAUCGCAAUGGCUAGAGUCUUUGCUCAAGUUUAA